GAGGGGCGGGGCGCGGCGCAGGAGGGGAGCGCGGCAUGGAGGCGGGCGCGGGGGGCUCGCGCGCCCACCUGGCCGCGCUGGUGCUGGCGCGCGGCGGCAGCAAGGGGAUCCGGCUGAAGAACAUCAAGCUGCUGGCGGGGGUGCCGCUCAUCGGCUGGGUGCUGCGCGCCGCCGUCGACGCCGGCGUCUUCCACAGCAUAUGGGUUUCUACAGACCAUGAUGAAAUUGAGAAGGUUGCAAAGCAAUUUGGCGCUCAAGUUCAUCGCAGGAGCCCUGAAGUUUCUCAAGACUCCUCAACUUCUCUAGAAGCUAUCAAAGAAUUUCUUCAUCAUCAUCAUGAGGUUGAUAUUGUAGGAAAUAUUCAAGCAACAUCUCCCUGUUUACAUCCCAGUGAUCUUAUAAAAGUGGCAGAUCUGAUCCAGAGGGAGGGGUUUGAUUCUGUCUUCUCUGUUGUGAGACGGCAUCAAUUUAGAUGGAGCGAGGUAAAAAAAGGAGAAAACAAAAUGACAGAGCCCCAAAACCUGAAUCCAGCAAAACGGUACCGGAGGCAAGAUUGGCCUGGGGAGCUGUAUGAAAAUGGCUCAUUUUAUUUUGCCAAGAGACAUUUGAUUGAGAAGGGCUAUUUGCAGGGUGGUAAAAUGGCCUACUAUGAAAUGCGGGCAGAGCACAGUGUGGAUAUUGAUAUAGACAUUGAUUGGCCUAUUGCAGAGCAGAGAGUAUUGAGCUUUGGAUAUUUUGGCAAAGAGCCAUUAAAAGAAGUGAAGCUAUUGGUUUGCAGUAUUGAUGGAUGCCUGACAAAUGGUCGCAUUUAUGUGACAGAAGAUCAGAAGGAAAUGGUCUCCUACGAUUAUAGAGAUAUUGUUGGUAUUGAUCUGUUAAAGAAAAGAGGAAUCCAGGUUCGACUGAUCUCUGAAAGAGAUUGUUCAAAAACACUGUCAGCCAUGCAGCUGGGAUGUAUAGCAAAAGUUAGCGCAACAAAUAAAUUACAAGUCCUGGAGGACUGGCAAAAAGACAUGGGUUUGAACUGGAAAGAAGUCGCUUACUUAGGAAAUGAAGAGUCUGAUGUGGAAUGCCUGAAGAAAGCUGGCAUGAGCGGUGUGCCUGCUGAUGCUUGUGCACUUGCUCAGAAGGCUGCUGGUUAUAUUUGUAAAAGCAAUGGUGGCUGUGGAGCUGUCCGGGAGUUUGCGGAACACAUAUUCCUGUUGUUAGAAAAAGUGAACUCUGCAAGAAAGCAAAAGGAAGAAAUGAGUUCAGCAGGAAAGGAAAUGGGGGGGAAAUGAGAACAGCAGGAGAGGAAGUAAGGGACUAAUGAAAAAAGAGUAAUACAGCUGGUCAAUCCUGCUUUUCUUCUUCUCCUCUUUCUCUCUCAGUAAGUGUCCCAAAGGAUGGCUUAUCUUUCACGUUUUACAUUGCAGUAGUGUUAGAAAGAUGUUUCUAAUUUAAGUCCCACUUUGAUUAAGUGCUGAUAUUCACAAUCAUAUGCUGAUAACGAUGAUCAUAUUCAUGAUUAUUUUAAAAGCCAUUUAAGUGCAAUGGAAGGAAUUCUACAAAAGGUAGUGUCCUGUAAAUCUACUCUUCCUACAGGAAUGAUGUGUCUUUUAUUUCAUAAUCUGAAUAUUUUCAGGGAUCAAUGAUUUUGCACAACUUGAGGAUUUGUGAUUCAGACUUAAAAAAAAAUGCUGUCAGUUUUGCUUAUUUGUUUUAUAUUUCCUCUAUCAAAUGUCAACAUGAUGGUGUAGUUGUGUGUUUGCUUUUUACAGGAUUCAUCCUUAGUAAGGAAAAGUUUUAGCAUAUGCUGGAGAGGUCAGGUGUAAAAUAACUAUCAAACUUCUUCCUAUAGUUUUAAAAGACAGGGCAGUUACUGUAAAACCAGUUAAUAUUAGUGUUAGUUAAGAAAAGCACUUAAGCAUGUGUUCAGUUUUAAGGUCAUAAAUAUUUAAAUGGCAUUUGGAAUCGUGCCUCUUAUCUUUGAAUCUGUUUAUAUUGGGUUUUAUUACAGUGCUUAAAUUAACAUACUCAAAUGCUUAGUCAAUCAAUUUCCUGUUAACUUUGAGAUCUUCCCUUUACAGAAACUCGGUUUCUUUCUAUGAAGGCUUUAUUACAACCACUAAUGAGUGGGGGGAAAAAACAAACAAACAAACAAAAAACCAAAAACGCCUUUCAUGUUUAUUGUAUGGAAAAGUACUGCUGUUUAAAAAAAAAAAAAAAAGUUGUUGUUGAUUGUGGGUUUAUAUAGUAUAUAUACAGUCUAUUUUUAGCAUGUUAAUUUAAAGUUGGUGUAUAUGUAUGUUUGUAUUUAUGGAAAAUACAAUUUUUACCAUGUCUUGAUUUAAAGAACUCAGUAUCUGUAAAAAGUUGUAGAACUGACACUAAAAAUAUCCAUCAGUUUUCAAUCCUAGUAUUUAUCUGUGAGUAAAGUUCUGCCUUGGGUAACACUUAAAAAAUAAAAAAUACCCGUGGUACACAGGCAAUUGCUACUGAGGUGAAUAAUAAUGGCUUGUCAUUUUGUUUUGUGUCUCUGCUAAAUGGACAUUUCCAAUAUAUCAGCUGAUAUAUUGCCCUCUGAUUAACUUUGUGUUUACAACCUUUUACAAAGCAAAAUUUUAAACUGAAAUUUUUUUACUACCUAUCUACAGCAGCAAGGUUAACAGGUGAAUAGCUUACUGUACUGAUCAGCUCUAAGUUAUCAUUUAAGUAUUUCCUUUCAGUGAGGUUUUAGGGUUCUGUGCUGGAUAACAGGGGCACCACAUUUUGGACAGAACUAUGGACUUUGGUAUAGGUAGGUGAGUUACUUGAGUUGUGUAGACUAUGUGGUAAAGCUUCAGAAGUCCAGAUUGGAUGAACAAUUCAGGUUUGAUAAUGUCGUAUAGAAUUGGCCAAGUGUUUAGUUACCUCACCUUGUCAUCGUCAAGUAACUUGCUGACUUUGAUUUCAAGAACAGUUUCCUGUGAAUAGAUAGCUUUAAACAAGGUGACUGUGAUUAACUUGAUUCCCAUUCCUUUUAUGUUAGAGAAAGCAAAAAAUAUGAGUAAGUGCAAUUAUAAUAGAAAUAUGUGUGGCAGUACUGUUUGUAGCCUACUGUUUGAAUCAAGAACUCUUCUAAUGUUUCAGCGGCCUGCUGAAUGUGCUGCAUAUACCUUGGGUCUCUACCCAAAAUUUCUAUAUGUAUCAAAAAUAAAUGUAGAAACACUUUUGUAUGAGUGUUGGUAAUGAGCAGGAAGAAAUGGUAGCUGAUAUAUAAGUGUUUUUGCUUUGACAAAUUCUUGUUUAGAAAAAUGUGGUAUAAUCUUACAUUGGGCAUAUAGGAAGAAUAUGAAGAAUAAGAGCCCUAGAGAGUAUUUACAAUCCCCUGUUUGACGAUAUGGAAGAUGCAUGAUCCUCUGCCUGAAAGGUUCAGAUUUGUGUUGCCCACAUUGCAAGGGAAAGUCUAACUAUAAACUAGAGUAGCAUGAUGAAUAUUUUAAUUACUCCUCUUGAUUUGAUAGAAGAUCCUCAAUCAUACAAAGGAUUUAGUGGUCACAGAGACAAAGAUAGUGAUGAUAACCCUAACAGUCACCUUAAAGGGGAAAUUCCAGAUCCCGGACAAGUUUCAAAAGUGUAGCAUCUUUUGCCAAUGCCUGCUGUUGUAGUACAUAUCCUGGCACUGUGACUGCUUUUCAUUAGAGGUGUGUUGUUCACUCAGACUAGAUUUCAGUGGUCAUUUUUGUUAUAGUGGACUAAUUUUGGAAUAAUCUCUUUUGGUCAUGCGAGCACUUGCUUUUUACUUUAAAUUGCCUAGUACAUUCCAAAAAAGAUCUUAGAUAAUGUGGGCUGCUUUAACAUAAUUUUGUGAAACUGAAAAAAAUAAACUGUGCAACAAUUUGUAAUAAGCUAUUAUGAAAAAAUAGCUGGUUACCUGAAAUUUGAAAUAAACCGUUUUCUUUCGUCUUUUGAGUA